CUCUUCCUCUUGACUGUGUAAUUUCCUGUGACAGUUUGACUGCUGCUGUGCCUUCACUCGGGCAGUUUGAUCUUUUGAAGCAUGAGCAGCACGGUGGGGCUCAUGUGGCUGUGGGUCUGGAUCAUCCUGGACUCUGGGGCGUCUUCAGUCUCGCUCCCAGAAACAACCGACAGAAGGUUCAUUGAUGAAUGUGUGAGGGAGCACAACAGGGCACGGUCGUCUGUCAGCCCACCUGCAAGUUACAUGCUGUACAUGACCUGGGACGAGGGCCUAUCCCUCAUUGCAAAAGAAUGGGCUGAGCACUGCGUGUUUCAACACAACCCCAAACUCAACAAUGACCCCAGCGUGCACCCCACCUUCUCCUCUGUGGGGGAGAACAUAUGGACGGGCUCACCUUCCUUAUUUGAUGUGACGAGUGCCAUGAAGAAUUGGGUGGAUGAAAAGGAGCACUACGACUACCAGGGGAACAAAUGCAGCUUAGAUUGUGGCCACUAUACACAGGUUGUGUGGGGAAGCAGCUACAAGGUUGGUUGUGCCGCACAUCUGUGCCCAGGUGGUGUCGCUGGCUUCGAUUCCAAGGAGGGUGUCGUUUUUGUCUGCAACUACGCUACAGCGGGUAACAUGAACUCAGCGCGACCAUAUGAGUCUGGAGGUGCAGCCUGCUCUGGAUGUUCAGGCUCCUGUGUGGACCGUCUCUGCCGCGACAAUCGGAGCCCAGUGGGAGCCCCAGAGGUAGCCCCUGCCUCGGCUUCGCAUUACCCGGACUACUUAAAUAUUUUGAUUGUCCGGCCCAUGGGUCUCCUCCUCACCUUCAUCACAGCGUUUGCUCUCCACUACCGCUACCCUGACGUCUUCUGCUAUGAAUAGUCUCCUCCGUUUACACUUGAGCAACAUGGACAUCAGAGUCGGACAGUGUUAAGAUGAAGAUCCUGAGAAAUCACAUUCAAGACGACAAGAACAGGUUUGAUACCACCAUGACUGUUUGACUUUUGACCACUAAAAUCAAAUCAGUUCCUCUCUGAGUCAACGUGUUUUAUAGUGAAUGUCUGUACGUACUCUAUGUAGAUGGUAAAAAUAUGCCUCCUCAUCUUACCCAGUCCUCACUACUCCCUCUCCCAUAUCCCCUGUACCCUCCCACCCUCAACCUUCCUUGUGGAUAUGUACUGAACUUAAUAUAGUGUAAGUAAAUAUAGUUCAUGAAAUGUCUCUGACUCUAGAUAAUUAGGGAUAAAAUCAAAAAAUAAACCACGUCUCCUCAAACCA